GUUCCGCACUACAUCUGCAGGUAAGAUUCGUGAAUCGCAAUAACAAGGAUCAACCAAUGUUGCGGAGGUUCUCGAUUCUCGGCUUAUUAGACACGUAGAUGUUCCGAAUAGGUGGACCCGCGCAAUUGUUUACUGGUGUUAUUGACGUGUAAAAAAAAUCGUUGUAUCGGAAUAUAUCGUGCGUAUCAUCGUGCGAAGCGAGUUACGCCUAUAGAAUAGCACGGAAUAUGGAUAGUACAAGUGGAUCAAGCGACUCAUCGCCACAAGUGGAAAAGGGAUGGCUAGCUUUGAGACAGCAUAUUAUAGAAAACAAGAUUAAGUUCGGAUUAUGGGUCACAAGACUCUUUACCAUAAUAUUCACCAUUGGUUAUAUCAUUCCUAUAUUUGGGAAUCCUUACAAUAUAUACUAUAAGGUAUUGAUGAAUAAUGCAGCCACCAGUGCAUUACGUCUUCACCAAAGAGUGCCCCGUGUUCAGCUCACUAGGCAAUUUUUAGAGACGUUAUUAUUGGAGGACUCGUGCCACUACUUGUUUUAUUCCUUCAUAUUUUUAUAUGCAGCACCGGUUACAUUGGUGCUGACGCCAGUGUUUCUUUUUGCUGUGAUGCACUUGGCCAGUUAUUCUCUUACCUUGCUAGAUUGUCUAGGACAGAAUAGUUGGUGGGGUGCUCGCCUUUUGAUAUCUCUGGUGGAAUUUCAAUCACGGAAUAUCCUUCGCCUGUGUGCUCUGUCGGAAAUUAUUAUCUUACCAUUUACAGUCCUCCUCGUAUUUACGGGACGCGCCGGUCUACUGACACCUUUCAUAUAUUAUCAGUUCCUGAAACUGCGACUUGCAUCGCAAAGAAAUCCAUUCACGCGGAAUGUAUUUUACGAGCUUAGAAACGGAUUGAGUUCGGUAUCGAAAAAACCGGCGGUGCCAGAUAUCGUUCGAAGAAUGAUCGACGGUCUGCUAUCUCUGACUCAACAAAUGGCGCCAGUGCGCCAAUAAUAUAUACGAUAUUAAGCUUAAAUCUUUUCUUAUCAUCUCAAGACAGAUCUCCUAGGGUUCUAGGGUCCACUCAGCAACACUUUGAUGAAUUAGUGUUAGCACAAAAUGAGUGCCGACAUCAAAAUCCAUAGUGAACGUGUAUUGCAUGAUAAUUUGAAGUAUCCAUGAAAACAAUCAAAGCGUAUGAAUGGUUUCUUCAUAUUAAUAUAAUUAUGUUCGUUAAUUAUUGAACAUUAAAUAAGAAAAUAUGAGGAUACUUUGUACUAAUUAUUAUUACAUAGAAUUCACAGUUUAAAAGAUUAUAUAACUUGGUUAAUAGAUUUGGUUGUAGAUAUCUUCUAUAUUUUGUGGUGCAGCAUACUUUCAAUCUAUUGUUAUAUUUAAGAACAAAAAUAUCUCUCUAUGCACAUAUACUAACUUUAUAGUUUCAAAUAUAAUACUUUGAAACACGAAUUUGUAACAAAUAGGUAAUGGUACAUACAAUAGAAUUUAUAAUGUUGAUUGUUUGUUAGUUAUGUUUUUUUUGAUUGAUGGAUUGAUUUUACUUGGCACAGUGUUUUUGGUAUUAUAAAUGUUUAAUAUUUGGGGUACACAAGAUAUAAAAUUAUUGUUGAAUUAUAGAAUUAUUGACUCGCCAUCUCUUUGGAAUAAGUUUAAUUUAAUACUUGUCAUGUGUUUUUGUCAAUUGUUCACUGUUAGUGUAAUUUUGUCUAUCUUCUAAUUGAUAUACUUGAACAGAUUUAUCAUAUUUAAAAGUAACUCGGAAUGAUUUUGUAAACGAAGAUAACUAUCAGUAUGCAGACAUGUAGCAAAUCUCAAAAUAUGGUCAAUAAAUCUUUCUAAAUAAAAUGUA